AUGACCUCCCACAACCUCUCAACAUGCUGCAUAACGGGUACCCUCCACGAAGGCGAACCCAAGGGUACAAUCCAAGACAUUGAGAACAUCUCAACCUACAUCACCCACCCCGCCACCGCAACGAAAAAAGCCAUCCUUCUCCUCACCGACGUAAUCGGCCACCGCUUCGUGAACGCCCAACUCAUCGCCGACCAGUUCGCCGCCGCCGGUUAUGUCGUGGUCAUGCCCGACCUCUUCGCCGGCGACAGCGUCCCCCUCAACCGCCCCGAGGGCUUCCAGAUCAUGGAGUGGGCAAAGGGCCACCAGCCGCAGCACACCGAUCCCACCAUCCACACCGUCCUCACGUAUAUUCGCUCGACAUUGGGGUGUGAGCGGGUCGGCGGGGUCGGGUAUUGUUUCGGCGGGAAGUAUGUCGCCCGGUUUCUGAAGUCCGGGGCGGAACGCGGGCUGGAUGCGGGGUUUACGGCGCAUCCGACGAUGAUGACGCCGGAGGAGUUGGCGGGCGUGGAGGGGCCGUUGUGUAUUGCUGCUGCUCAACAUGAUCCGAUCUUCCCUGCGGAGAAGAGACGCGAGAGCGAGGAGAUCCUGGGCAAGAAGGAUCAGGCCUGGCAGAUUAGUGUGUACUCCGACGUGGAGCAUGGGUUUGCGGUGCGCGGGGAUCCCAAGGUGCCGCGGGCGCGGUUUGCGAAGGAGCAGGCGUUUGCGCAGGCGGUGGCGUGGUUUAAGGAGUAUUUGUGA